UAUAGCCUACUUAGAUGUAUGUUUCAUUUAUUUUAUUUAAGAGAUCGUACAUUUGAACUAUAUUAAAUAAAUUAUGUAGGCUAAUAAAGAGGCGUUUCUUCACAAAAUAUGAAAAGCUUCAUAACAGAGCUGGUUGAAGUGAUCAGUGUGCGUGGGGAGGCGUCAGUGUGAGAAUGAGCUGCGCGCGAUGUGUGUACUUUCAUAUUUUACACUGUGAAGCGCGUGAGUCGAUCACUACACUCUGGAUGUACCUGCUAAAGAAACACCUUUCAAGGCGCCCAUGGCGGAAAACGGGACACCUUAGUUCCCAACUUUUAAUCUAACAGGAGUAUUGUUGCUUGUUGCAGAGUCUGGAUUGUUGACAUGGCAGUAGACGCGGCCUCCAGUUUUACUUUCUGUCGUCCUGCGGUGGAGUACAGGGCUCUUCCAGAGGACUUUAAGUACCAACUGAGUCGUUGUGCAGGUGGAAACCUUACCUGGCAUGAAGGGCACAGCCGCAAAACAGCCGGCGGCCGAACGGUCAAAUUACUCCAACAGCCUGGAACCGAAGGACUGCAGUUACAUUCAGGUGACUCAUACUCUGUUUACCACACCAGCCCAACCUUGCCGUGUCUCUCCAGGCCAGUGGUUUUGUGGUCUCAGCAGGAUGUGUGCAGAUGGCUGAAGAAACACUGUCCACACAACUACUUGACCUACGUUGAAGCCUUCUCCCACCACGCCAUUACAGGUCGUGCUCUCCUGAGAUUGAAUGGCGAGAAGUUAGAACGGAUGGGUUUGGUUCAGGAGACUCUGAGACAAGAGCUUCUCCAGCAGGUUCUGCAACUACAAGUACAAGAGGAAGGGCGCAACUUACAGCUGCUGAGCAGAGGGCUAUCUGGAAACCUGUCAUAGCUUCAACCAUGCAUGGGGCAGUUCUACCAGACUGGCUGCACUCUGAAGGGACAUAAAUGUGUCUGGUCAGACUUAGGCCAGAGACAUUUGACUGGAGCUGUCAUGGACUGGGACAUGGGGACAGGUUUCAGUUAUAUAGCUCAACCCCCACAUUCUCACUAUGCUUAAAGAAAACUCAUACCAGAUGAGAGCUUUCAUGUGCACUCAUGAUUUAUCUACCCUAAAUCUGCUUCGAAAUGCAUACAUAAAAUGCAGAGGAAUCUCGAAUCUUCAUAUCUGAUAAAGGAGGACCCAGCUGGCUGUACCAAAGAACUCCGAUCCACUUUAAAGACCUUCUACAAUGAUGUCUGGUAAUACUUGUCAUGAACUUUGCCACAGAAACAGGCUUGCUAACUAUUUUCUGCUGGAAUGUGACCUUGCCAGACGUGCCCUCAAACGUGCCCGUCAAGACUGUGGUAGUACGUAAGAAAAAUGCGUCCGGUUCCUGCAGUGUGCUGGGAAUCAUUUGACAUUAGAGAUGAACCUAAAUAAUUCAAACCUGUAUUUGUACUGUGAACCCAACUGGACAGCCUGUUUUAGUGGGUUGUACUUUUUCUUCUGAAAACUUAGUUUCUUUUUAUCUUCAGAUGAUUCUGUUCUAGGAAUGAAAAGAUAAAAAACUAGUUCCCCAUGUGACAAUGACGGCAGCAUUUACAGUGAAAUGACAAGUAUCUUUGGUCACAAAAGGCUGUUUAUGUUGUGUAAAUUACAAAGCUCUGUAAGUGUCUGAGAAUUGCAGAUGACAGAUGUAAAAAAAACAAAAACAAUGAUGUGCUGCAUUGUAGCCUAAAAAAGACUCAAGUGUGGACCUGCCCAAAAGACCAUUCAAAAAACCCACAUCAAAACAUCAAGAUGAUACAGUGUGACAACCUGAAAGUGUUUUUGGACACGCAAAACGGCGUAAAUGUGUUAUUUUGUGAAGACUUUGAUUUCAAGUAAUGAUAGGAUUCUGAGUUCUAGUGUUGUGACACCAUGACUCAGCUUGUGAUAUAUUAGAUUUGAUUAUAAAUUUCCUGUCAAGGUUAGGCAGAAACAUUCUUCUAAUACUGUGUGUAGUGCAUUGGCAUUUAAGUUACUUUACAGGCAACAUUUUCUACUGAAAGAGGCUAAACUAGUUUGCGAAAAGCAAACUGAUUUGUCAUUUAAAAAAUAGGGAUUUUUUUGUUUUUCAGUCAGUCACAAUGUGCUUUUACCUGAGGACAGUGCUGUUCAUGUUAAAUCUGCAUUGUACAUUCCAGAAUGCACUGUUGCAUUUUUACAUGACAUACCCUUUACCGAAAGAAACAUUUGCAUUUUGUCAUAUAUUUGUAUGGUUUCCAGACCUACAGUUAAGGACUGUUCUAACUGAUCAUAAAAGUUAUAUAUUAAAUUGAUUUGUGAUUUUACGAUUUAAAUUAAUCGUGCAUAUUUGUGUAUUUGACAUUGCAUCCAGGUAAUUUUGCUUCUUACAAUGAUUAUUUUCGAACAUAUUAUACAUGACACGUUGUUUAUGAUUGUUAUGAAGCAACAUUUUUUCCAUUUCCUUUUAUACUUUUUGUUUGUGUGUAUGAGUUUGUGUGUGAUAUGGGAAUUAGUUCAGAGAUAAUACUCCCAGCUCAAGCUGUUUUGUGAACUUUUUAUUUAAAAAUAAAGUAAGCC